AAGCAAUUUGAGAGACUUAAAAAAAACGCUAACUACUGUGGAGAUUAUGACCUUACCACCAAUCAACAUACCUCUAGUCUUCUUCAAUAUUGGAUGCUUCUCGUCACUAGUCAAUACUGCUAAAACCCCCUGUUUUCUCCAUAGCUGAGUACCCAGAAGAAUCAUCCAUCAUAUGCCAAGCACACCCUUUCAGAAUUCAGCAAAAAUCAAAGAGGGAUUCCGAAUAUGAAGCCUCAGUCUCCACCAAGACAAGUGUGCUGUUUCUGGUACUCUUCCAAGAGAAGCGGGCACAGAAAAAAGAGCAAGAGGAGUCCUGAGGUUUCGGUAUCAAACAUGGAGGAUGUGAACUUGUUUUCGGUUGAAGAACAAGAGCAGAUGCUGAAGGCAGCGAUGCAGGAGGAGGAGAGGAUUACUAAGGAGGCUCAGAGGGUUGUGACCUGGGUCAAGCAAGAAUCAGCUAGAAUGGAUGUUUCUGCAGUCAAAGCGGUUAUAAAUGAUGGUUGAGACAUCUCAGAUCAUUGUUUUCAUUGUUUUCCGUUUUCAUUUUCUGGGUUUUGAUUUGUAAUCUUGAACUGUCAAUAAGAUAAAGUUUGAAGAAAAAAAGACAGGUCUUAGUUGACUUUGGAUCAUUUUCCCUUGAUACA